AUGCCUAUCUUCAAGCGGGCGAGCUGCGCUUACCGCGAGGGCGAAAUGAAUGGACCCACUUACGACGGGAAGGGUCAGCUGUGCGGUGGAUUGUCCAAGGAGGACAAGAUGUACAUCGCUAUCGCCGGGGCUUUCUGCGGAGCAGUCAUCCUUGGUCUGGGCAUCACCUACCUCGUCCGCCGGCGGCGGCAGCGCCGGUCGCACGCCUCGGACGCUCAGUCCAUGUCGGAAGCGCACCACACGCCUCUCCUCGGGGGCUGGGGCUCGCAGCACCUUCGUCGGAAUAACGGCCCCUCCCACCUCGACAUGUCACCUAUCAAUUCUCCUACCGUGCCCUCCCCGCCAUCCCCUGGCUUGUCCUUCUCCUCCACAUCGUCCGAAACAUUCCACUUCCCUAUUCUCUCGGCGGACGGACACCUCCUUCCUCCUGCGCCGGCAUCUGCCGCGCGCUCGCCUCACCUCGUCAGCCCUGUACUGUCGGAACGGCCCCUUCCGUCCCCUCCAAUGGAGUCAUCCGCCUUCAUCUCCCGUCCCAAGAGCGUAGGGUACACUCCCGUCGUCGGUCUCUGGCCAGGCCAGGGCUUUGACGACGCCGAGCUCGACAUCGGUCAAGCCAACAUGCUCAAUAUCCGUCAACCAGGCGGUCGACUCAGCCCCAUCAUUGGCUCUCCCGCAUCGAUGGCCACUACACACUUCUCCGGGUUGGGGUACGCCCAAGCACAGACAGCGACCAUCCACCACGCCCACUCGUACUCGUAUGACGAGCGGGGACACCUUGUGCGGGACUACCAGUAG